AUAAAACCCAACUCCCAUGACCCCAACUUCUUCACUAAAUUCUUUCUCUCAGUUUUCCCAUUUUCUUCAAUCAAAACAAAAAUAAAAAAUGGCAGAAAGUCUUUCUUUCUCUUUCCUCAUCAUAUUCUCUCUCCUCUCUGUAUCCUCCAUUGUAGAAGUAUGUAAUGCUCAGCAUAAUUACAUGGAUGCCCUUAGAAAGAGUAUCCUUUUCUUUGAAGGUCAACGUUCUGGUAAGCUUCCUCCUGAUCAACGCCUUCGCUGGCGCCGUGAUUCUGCUCUUCAUGACGGUCAUUCCGUUGGAAGGGAUUUAACGGGUGGAUAUUACGACGCUGGCGAUAAUGUUAAAUUUGGAUUUCCUAUGGCGUUUAGCGUCACACUUCUAUCAUGGAGUGUGAUUGAUUUCGGAAGGCUUAUGAGGGGAGAGCUUUCCAACGCGCUUAAGGCAGUGCGUUGGGGAACCGACUACCUUCUUAAGGCUACUGCCGAAAUGCCUAAUCGAAUGUACGUCCAAGUUGGUGAUCCUUACUCUGAUCAUAACUGUUGGGAACGCCCUGAGGACAUGGACACCUUGCGAACUGCCUAUGCAAUUGACCGAAACCACGCUGGAUCAGAUGUUGCCGGUGAGACAGCUGCGGCAUUGGCUGCUGCUUCCAUCGUGUUUAGGUCUCGUGAUCGUGCUUAUUCUCGCUUACUCCUUAGCCGUGCUAUCAAAGUGUUUGAGUUUGCGGACAAUUAUCGAGGUGCAUACAGCUCAAGCUUGAAAAGAGCAGUUUGCCCUUUUUACUGUGAUGUUAACGGCUACCAGGAUGAGCUUCUAUGGGGAGCAGCAUGGUUGCACAAAGCCACAAGAAGGCGGGAAUAUAGAGAAUAUAUAGUGAAGAACGAGGUGAUAUUAAGAGCUGGAGACACCAUUAAUGAAUUUGGAUGGGAUAAUAAGCAUGCUGGGAUUAAUAUUCUCAUUUCUAAGGAAGUGCUAAUGGGAAAGGCCAAUGACUUGAGAAAUUUUAAGAUCAAUGCUGAUGGUUUCAUAUGUUCAGUAAUACCAGGUGUCGCCAAUCCACAAGUCCAAUAUUCUCCAGGUGGACUGAUCUUCAAGGCCGGAGGGAGUAACAUGCAGCAUGUAACAUCCCUAUCUUUCCUGCUUCUAGCUUACUCUAACUAUCUAAGUCACUCCAAUCACCAAGUGCCAUGUGGCGGAAUUUCAGCUUCUUCUGCUCUUCUUAAACAGUUGGCCAAACGUCAGGUGGAUUACAUUCUAGGUGAUAAUCCAUUAAGGAUGUCCUACAUGGUGGGUUAUGGCCCACGCUAUCCUCAAAGGAUUCAUCACAGGGGUAGUUCUUUACCAUCAGUCCGUGUUCAUCCGGCCCACAUUGGUUGUAAAGCAGGCUCUCGAUAUUUCCUAAGCCCAAACCCGAAUCCAAAUAAAUUAGUUGGAGCUGUUGUUGGUGGGCCCAAUGUUACAGAUGCUUUUCCAGAUUCUAGGCCAUACUUCCAAGAGUCCGAGCCCACAACAUACAUUAAUGCUCCUCUUGUGGGUCUUCUAGCCUACUUUUCAGCCCAUCCUUGAUUUCUAUUGAAUUUUCUUUAAAAAGGGAAAAACUAUAAAUGGGAAAAGAGAUUUAUAAGGUAGGGCAAGUUAUAGAGGUGAGCAAAUUGCCACCCUAUGUAAUUGUAUCAUGUCUCAAAUCUUGCUAAUUAUUAAUGGAUCAAAAAAUAGAAUGUUUCAUUUUGUCA